AUGCGUCGGUAUCAGGGUCUCCUUCCUUGGUCUAUUUUGUUGGCUUCACUUGGAGGAGCACAGGCGAAGCUGGACUUGAACUCGACCAGCAACAUCGUUGUUUAUUGGGGCCAAAAUUCUUUCAAUGGAAAGGGGGAUAAGGAACAACAGCCCCUGGCACACUACUGCGAUAAUGAUGACAUUGAUGUGAUACCAAUGGCCUUCAAUAUGAUGGUCAAUGGCCCAGGAGGCGCCCCGGCGAUUGAUUUCUCCGUUACCAGCAAAGACUGCGAAGUCUUUGAGGGCACUAACCUGAAGAAUUGUCCUUCAAUUGCCAAGGAUAUCAAGACGUGUCAAGAGAAGGGCAAGACGAUUCUUCUUUCUAUCGGUGGAGCCACCUACAGCGAGGGUGGCUUCAAGUCGGAAGAAGCUGCCAAGGACGGUGCGAAGCUGAUGUGGGAGACUUUCGGCCCCAAGCAGGAGGGUUCCAAAACCCUUCGUCCCUUCGGUGACGCCGCCUUGGAUGGGUUCGACUUCGACUUCGAGGCCAAUGUCCAACACAUGGCCCCCUUCGCCAACGAGCUGCGCUCACUGAUGGAGGCAGAUAAGAGCAAGCAGAACAGCACCGCAAUGCCCCUACCCGACCAGGCCGACAAAGAUAUCCUCAACGGUCCUGUCUACAUCGACGCUAUCUGGGUACAGUUCUAUAACAACUUUUGCGGCGUCAACAAUUUCAACACCGACGCCUCAAGCAGCAAAUAUAACUUCGAAGAGUGGGACAACUGGGCCAAGACCGUGUCAAAGAACAAAGAUGUCAAGGUCAUUGUUGGCGUACCGGCAUUCACUUCUGCCGCUAGCACGGGGUAUAUUCCGGCGUCCAAGUUGGCCGAGGUGAUUGAAUACACGAAGAAGUUUGAGAGUUUCGGGGGUGUUAUGAUGUGGGAUGCCACGCAGGCAUACGCCAAUGAUGGCUUUAUUAAGGACGUGCGAAAGGCUCUGGGCCCUGCGAAUGAUUCCGGUUCGUCGUCGCCCGAUCCGGUGUCAACCUCGGCAUCUACAUCUACGUCCACUGACUCAACGACUACAACAAAGACAUCGACGACGUCGUCAUCUUCCAGUGCACCAGACUCUUCACACUCGUCUUCCUCCUCCUCAUCUGCUUCUGCUUCGCACAAGGCACCUGAAGAAACCACCUCCAAGGAACAAAAGCCCGUUGCUCCCGCUGCAACGCCCAACCCGACUACUGUGGCCACCGCGACAACAAAGCCAGUUGACUCUACAACUCCAUCUGUUGAGGCUACUGCGGCUCCCACCUCGAACGCUAACCCGCCGAAUGAGGAUCACUCGAGUGAGGAUGAAUCGAACGAUGAGUUGGAAAAUAAUAUUCUCACCUCUGUCUUGGGCAACGACCUUCUUGGGUUACUGGGCGGCCUCCGUAAGGCGAACGAGGUUGCUAGUCGCGCCACCCAUGGUCUAACUAACAACCUCAGACAUGCUCAGCGUAACCGUACCUGA